AUGUCCAUCCCAGUCGGCCUCACCGUUCCCAAGCUGCUACCCGUGACCGGGACAUUCGCACCAGCAUUCGGAGCAUACUUCGCUCUUCUCGCCUUCCGCGUCAGCUUUGCCCGACAGGCCACCAAGACGACCCUGGGCGAGAGAUCCAGACACUCGUCAAAGGCCCAAGCUGAUGCCGGUGCCGCCAGCGUCGAAGAGGAUAGCCUCCUGAUCGCGACGCGUUCGCACGCGAAUUUCGUCGAAAACGUGCCGUUCGCGCUGCUGAUCGCCUCGAUCGUCGAGCUGAAUGGCGGUGACCGACGCGCUUUGACCGCAUCAUUGGCCGGUCUGUUGCUGGCCAGGAUCGUCCAUGUCGAAUUCGGCCUCAGGGCCAAAGGUGCCGUGGGUUGGGGCAGACCGGUCGGCACCUUGUCUACCUUGGGCAUCAUCGUCGGCUUGAGUUCGUAUGCGGCCUAUUUGGUGAAGAGCUACUGGGGGUUCUGAGCGGGGGUGCAUUCGUGGGAGUGGUCGGUAGGAUAGGUCUGAUAAUGCCUAGGUACAGGUAGAUGGCGGGAAGAUGACGAGAGCGUACAAGCAACGUCGAUGAAUUGGGGGCUGACCAG